UUCCUCAUUCUGUGUGGUUUGGAGCUGAAUCCGUAGAGCCUUUCAUAAUCAUAUUCUUUUAUUUUUUUGUGGUUUGUUUGAAUUUGAUCACUGUAGCUGAUUCCAUGCAUUGAUAAUGACGGCUUGGGUUGCCUGAUUCUCAGCAUAAAUUCACGCAGACUUCUACUUUGACAGUGCUCUGUGUUUCGGUACGCAUGAAGAUACAGAACUGAAAUUGCUUUGCUUUCUUUACAAAUGACUCAGAGCGUGCUUGUCCUUCCCUAAAAUGUUGCCAGCGUGUGAAGGAUUUUCAAUGAGCAAUGCAAUAAGCCGGCAUCUGGGAAGGUUUGAGGCUGCACUGGUAUAACAGUGUACUGUCACACAGAUGAUCAGGGCUGGAGCCAAGACUCUGUAGCACCGUAGAUCAUAUUGGUCACAUAUUGGAAGUUUUGUUUAUGUAACUUGGUUGCUAUUUAACCUGCAUAAAUAGUAUUGCCAUAAUGUGGAGUGGACUUCCCAGUAGAGGAGGAGGUCAAAAUGACAUUAAAAUACAGUCCACCAUUAUUCAUCUGCCUUUAAAACGAGACAGUGCGAUCCAGCCUUGCAGGCUGCUCUGUGCAGCUGUAUUUCUAGAUGCUCAUCAUGUCUGCAGAGCACCUGAGGGGAACAUCCCAGGCACUACUACACUUCCCACCCUUGUGCGCACACCUACCUUGAUGAUGCAGCCUUCCCUGGAUAUCAAACCCUUUAUGUCCUUCCCUGUGGACAGCAGCUCUGCUGUUGGAUUCUUCCCAAAUUUUAACACAAUGGAUCCUGUGCAAAAAGCAGUCAUAAACCAUACAUUUGGAGUGUCCAUUCCCCCAAAGAAGAAACAAGUCAUUUCUUGUAAUGUCUGCCAGCUUCGCUUUAACUCUGAUAGCCAGGCCGAGGCCCACUACAAAGGAAGUAAACAUGCCAAGAAGGUCAAAGCACUAGAGGCAACGAAAAAUAAACCCAAAGUUGGUUCUUCCAAGGACAGCGCAAAGGCUAGCCCAAGCUGCUCCACCACGCCAGUCACAGCCAACAUCUCUGACAAAUCAGAAGAUAAAGGGAAAGCAAAACCCAAUAGUGCAAGUCAGCAGUCCAAUACAGAAGCGGGUCCUUUUCUUCCCAAACCUGGAGUGGCAGCAGUGGCACCUUUAGCACCUGCCUCAUCCACCAAGAGCACGAAUGGAGCUGCUAACACAGUUACUGAGUCAGAAGAGGAAAAAGCCAAAAAACUACUUUACUGUUCAUUAUGCAAAGUGGCUGUGAAUUCCCUUUCACAACUAGAAGCCCACAAUACAGGCUCCAAGCACAAGACCAUGGUUGAGGCUCGGAAUGGUGCUGGUCCCAUCAAGUCUUACCCUAGGCCUGGAUCCCGACUGAAGGUGCAGAAUGGCAGCAAAGGGUCAGGACUGCAGAACAAGACGUUUCAUUGUGAAAUCUGUGAUGUCCAUGUUAAUUCAGAAAUUCAACUUAAACAGCACAUUUCCAGCCGAAGGCAUAAGGACAGAGUUGCAGGAAAGCCUAUGAAACCUAAAUAUAGUCCUUACAACAAACUGCAGCGCAACCCAAGUAUUUUAGCAGCAAAACUUGCAUUCCAGAAGGACAUGAUUAAGCCGCUGGCACCUGCUUUCCUCUCAUCUCCUCUUGCUGCAGCUGCAGCUGUUUCAUCAGCUCUGUCCCUUCCUCCCCGGCCCUCUGCAUCCCUGUUCCAGGCACCAGCAAUACCACCAGCUCUCCUGAGGCCAGCCCAUGGGCCCAUCCGGGCGACGCCUGCCUCCAUACUUUUUGCACCAUACUAAUUUAUUGAUGUAAAAAAGAGAUAACUAUGGCCAGUACAAAGGGUAAAAGGAAAGCAGCAAAGGGGUCGAGAUUUUAAAAUGUGUUUCUCUUUUCCAAUGCAUCCAGAAGGACACCUCAUCCAACCACAUCAUAAAAUCCAUCAUUGAUGGCAGUACAUUUUGGAGUCUAGACAACUUUCUCAGUCUCUCUCUGUCUCUAUUUUUUUAAUCCAAAUAGUGCGAUUUGCUUAAAAAUUAAAUUGCUCAUAACAUUUAUACCAUUAAAGAUUCAUGCAUCUAUUCAUUUUUUUCUUUUCUUUUUUUUUAAUGUAUAUGAUGCACCUUGGAAUCAAGGAACAUAAAAUAUUUUCCUGACAGACUUGAAAACUAGGGUCUUCCUCACUCACACCUAUGUAAAUACUUCUCUGAAAACCAAUGGGUUACAAUCUAAUAUGGAAAAAAGUAGAUGAACCAAAUGCUAGAUCAUGGAUAACAUCUCAGUAAAGAAUUGCAUCAAUUUUUUUCCAUGUGUUCUUGUUGACAGGGAUUGUGUGCUGUCCUAGGCCCCAGUACUGGUGUACCUUGUGUAGUAUCAAAGAUGUAUCACAUGUCUGAUUUUAACAUUUUUAGUUUCUGUGCAAAUGUUUGAAAGCAAUGCAGCGCUGAAGCUUUUAAUUAUUUCUUUUGUGUCACACUUGAUUUAGAGAAAUCAAAAAUAGAAAGCCAUAUAACAUAGAGUUAAGAUUACUACUUGUUUGCUACUUUCAUUUAACUUAUUUUUGUUGUUUCCUCACUGGUGUUGCUAAGCAAUGUUUAAAGAGAAAAAAAAAGCUUUUCAACUGCACAUUGCCACAGCUCACAUGCAUUGUUCAAGAAGACAAUGGAUCCAUGUAUUUGUACGUAAAUAUCCUUUUUUCUUCAUUUCUAACUAGUUUCCUCUGUAACAAUGCUGCAUAACAUUGUGGCUUCCUAAUGCAAUAAUGUACAGAACAUAAAAUAUUUAUAAUUAAUCAUAUUCUCUGUUUACUGAAUAUGUUGCAGUAAAUCCCCACCUAUCUUCUUACCUCCCCAACCCUUUUAUAAAGGUGAAUCAAUACACAGUACUCAGACUGAAGUCAUUAUGUGAUAAUGGGGACAACAGGUGGAAGAAAGAAAAAUAAGAAGAGAAUUAACUUUUAGAGCAUCUUUAUCAGCAAUCCAUAAUAGUAAAAUGUCUGUGUAUUUUUUUAAAUGUACCUUUUCAAUAAAAUAAUAAGAAAACUGU